AAAUGAUCGUAAAAAGAUAACGUAUUUCCUACAUUUACAUUCCCUAAAACUAUCACAAAAUGGGUGACAUGUUUUCCGUCGCUGGUUAAUGACGUCACGAUUUGACAUUGGCAUGGGCUGAGGGAGAACGUUAUGGCGAUGCACCUGUUUGCAAGAUCCUUCACCGGGCUCUUUGCUGAUGGAUUCUGCUUAAUUCCUCAGAGGACGUUCGGUGUGUCUGCUGCUGCAGCUGGCAUUCAAAAAAUGACCAGAGUGCGAGUGGUGGAUAACAGCUCUCUUGGGAAUACACCUUACCACCGGCCUCCAAGAGUGAUCCAUGUGUACACCAAGAACGGCAUUGGAAAAGUUGGCGACAAAGUGUUACUGGCCAUUAAAGGACAGAAGAAAGCAGCACUAAUUGUUGGUCACAGAAUGCCCGGACAACGUAUGGAUCCACGAUUUGAUUCAAAUAAUGUUGUUCUUAUUGAGGAAAAUGGAAACCCAACAGGAACUAGGAUUAAAGUUCCCAUACCCACUCAUUUACGUAAAAGAAUGGAGGGGGACUACUCGAAGGUUCUUGCAAUUGCUAGUUCUUUUGUCUGACUGGGCUCAAGUUUCUGCUAGGAGUCCUCUCUUUGCUUACAAUAAAUACAGCCUUUACCUGAAA